AUGCCUCCCGGGAAACAGUGGGAAGCCGAAGAAAGCGACUCUAGCACCCCGCCCUCUUCUCCUCCCAUCACAACUACCCGCCGACGCCAGUUCGACGACGAAGAAGGUGAUAGUGAUGUCAUCGAAUCCUGGGACGCCGCCGAAGAUUCCGAGGUAGAACGCGAGAAGGAGCGCAAGGCCACCGAGGCCAAGGCCAAGGCCGCUGCCGAAGCCGCCGCUAGCAAGAAGCCAAAGUCCCAGCGCGUUGCUGAUCAUCGGGCCCAGCGCGCCAUCCAGCUUGAGGAAAACGACGAGUCCGGCGAGGAUGACGAGACGGAAGCUGAGCGCCGUGAGCGACUACGCCGCACCGAGCAGGAUGCCGACCUUCGCCAUGCCGAGGAUCUCUUUGGCAACGUGGGCAUCAGCAGCGGCCGCAAAGCUCCCACCAUUGGCACCUCCGUUGCGAUCGACCCCAAGGACCCCACCAGCACGGUUAACCUCGCUAUUAUUCCCCUCUUCAACCCGCAGACAAAGAGUCAGUUUGAGCAGCUGCGCGCCACCAUUGGCCCCAUCAUCGCCAACAACUACAAAAAGGCUCAUUACGGUCUCUUCCUCGAAGAGUUUGCAAAGGAGCUGGCCAAGGAAUUGUCUAGUGACCAGAUCAAAAAAGUCUCCAGCGCUCUCACACGCCUAGGCAAUGAGAAGAUGAAGGAGGAGAAGGCUGCCGAAAAGGGAGGGAAGAAGACGAAGGCAGCCAAGACCAAGACGUCGCUCGUCGCCAGCCGUCCCAACACGACUGACACUGCCACGUACGAUGACGACGGGUUCGGGGACGACGACUUUAUGUGA